AUGUCACGUCUCGAUCGUUUCAAAAUGGUUUUAUUAAGUGAAUCAGGUGUUGGAAAAUCUUCUCUAGCACUUCGAUUUAUCAAAGGACAAUUUCAAGAAUUUAUUGAAACUGGUCAAGAACGAUAUCAUUCUCUUCCACAAAUGUAUUAUCGUGGUCCUCAAGCAGCUCUUGUUGUCUAUGAUAUAACAAAUUUUGAUUCUUUUCUUGAUGCAAAAAAAUGGAUAAGAGAAUUACGUCAAAUAAAUACGAAUGAAAUGGUCAUUGGUUUAGCAGGAAAUAAAGCUGAUUUAGUAACAGAAAAUAAACGUCAAGUUGAUACACGUGCAGUAGUUGAAUAUGCUGAUGAAAAUAGACUUAUAUUUAUGGAAAUAUCAGCUAAACAAGGUGAUAAUGUCACAGAAAUAUUUAUAAAUAUUGCUAAACAAAUUGUUGUAAAACAAUCAGCUAGUACAUUACCUAAAUCAUCUAAAAAAAUUCCACCAACAAAAUCAAAAAGUUCGUGUUUCAGUAGUAAUACUGACAAUAAAUCAUAA